AUGGCCACCUGGCCCCCUCCUCCUCCUCCUGGGCCUGGGGUGGGCAGGCUGGAUCACAGGAUCCAGGUUCCUCAACUGGACCCUGAGGGGGCCGAGGCGGCCGAGGGAGGGGACGAGGGGCCGGGCGAGGAGGGUCCCUCGGACAGGAGAGGGAGGAAGAAGAAGAAGAAGUACCACCGGCACCCCAAGCCCCCCUACACUUAUUUGGCCAUGAUCGCCUUGGUUAUCCAGGCAUCCCCAGGACGGAAGCUCACCUUGUCCCAGAUCAUCAAGGAGAUCAGCAAUCUCUUCCCCUUCUUCAAGGAAGGCUACCAAGGCUGGAAGGACUCCAUCAGGCACAAUCUCUCCGCCAACGACUGCUUCCGGAAGAUAUUGAAGGACCCCACCAAGCCCAAGGCCAAGGGGAAUUUCUGGACCGUAGACGUGCAGCUCAUCCCACCGGAAGCUCUGAAGCUCCAGAACACGGCCAUUUCCCGUCAAGAGGAGAAGACCUUCACGGUCGACCUGGCUCCCUUCGUGUUCCACGGCUGGGCUUUCAAAGCCCCCCAACCUCCCCUCAGUGGGCCCACCCCGGAGGGGAGUGGGUUUCCCAGCAGCGAAGGGGGCUGUCAGAGCAGCCCCUUCAGCACUGACGACUUGCUCCACGAUUUCCAGGGCGUGGGCCUCUCGGGGGAAGCCAGGGCCGAAAGUGGGCCGCCUCGGAGCCCCACAGCUGCCUCCAAAGUCUGGGGCACGGUCCCCAUCUUCCAGGUCUCCUCUGGGGCCCCAGUCCAUCCCUGGCGGCCCCUGGGCCCUCUGCCCGUGCUCCGCUCCCUCUCGGCCUCCAGCAGCCCUGCCUCCCUCCGCUCCUUGUCCCCCAGUGACGAGCCAAAAAAGGGGGGCAGCACCUCGAUUUUGGCCAAGCGCCCCAGAAUCGUCCACCCGGCCCCCGAGACCAGCGACUCCGAUUCCAGCGAGGAGACUCCACCUCCUGCUGACCCCUUCUGGGAACAGCUCCCCACUUCCUACACCCCAUGCGUGGCUCCCAAUGUGGUGGUGGCACCCCAAAGCCACACGCUGCCCUCCGCUUUUCCCCCCAACCCUGCCUUUCCCCCCUACGGCCCCAAGCCUUUGGCACACCCAGCACACUGGGAGCUGGUGCCACGGUCGUCCUUGAGUCCGGCCCCCGGGGUGGACUUGGGCCUGGACGAAGCCAUGCCUCCCAACAAGACGGUGUUUGAUACCUGGACGAGCCGUCCCCUGGACCUCGUCCACCCAGCCUUCCCCCAGACCAGCCCUCCUCCCCGCAGCUCAGUCUUGACCCACUAUGACACCUCCUGA